AUGCGGAUGAAGAAGCUAGCAGAUUUGGGGGAAGAACUCAAGGCCGAGAGCCGGUUCGGCGAUGCCUUCUUCACGAUAGAGGUGGCGGUGGGAACUCCGGAACAGAAGCUGCCGAUGAUUCUUGAUAGCGCUUCUGCUGACUUGCCAGGGGAAGAGAAACCUAAGGUUUAUGAUCCGAGCAAGUCGUCGACCUCUGAUAUAAUUCCCGGCGCAGAAUGGAGUGUCUACUACGCCGACGGCAACCAAGCCAGCGGCUCCGUAGCCCUCGACACAAUAACCCUCACCCCCUCCCUUCAACUCCCCAACUCCACCGUCCAAAUCGCAAACACCACAUCCUUCUACCUCGCCACCUCCACCAUCACAGGCCUCAUCGGCAUGGCACGCGCCCUACCCUCUACCAUCCGGGGGUGGAACGCGCGCACCGUCCGCGCCCAGAUAGCUUCCGCCUUACCCCUCGACGAGCGCUUCCUCGGGAUAGAUCUCAAGGCGAACAGUUCCGAGGGGGCGUACAUCUUUGGAGAUGUAGAUCCAAGGGCGUAUGAAGGGAACAUUACGUGGUUUGAGGGCGAGGAUCCGGGGAGUUUCUGGACUGUUUUUGUUACGGGGGUAAAAGUCGGCGGCGGUAGCAAUUUUACGAAGAAUGGAGGAGGAGGAGGAGGAGAUAGGACGAGUAAGCAACGAUUCGACCCCUUCGCCGCCAUCGUCGACACAGCUACAUCCCUCAUCUUCCUCCCCGGCGCCGUGGCAAGCGCAUACUGGGUCGACGUCCCUGGCGCCCGCCUCGACGCCACCUUUGACUCAUGGAUCUUUCCUUGUUCGGGCACCGAGGAGCUGCCGGCUUUCACGGUGGAGAUUGGCGAUGGGGAGUUCGAGGCCCUCGUGCCCGGCAAGUACAUGAACUAUGGCGAGAUUGAUGAGGAUGUCUUUAAGAGGGUUGGAAGUGGUGAGGAGCCAGGGUGGGAUGAGGCGAUGUGCUUAGGUGGGCUGCAGUCUUCCGGGGGCUUGGAAGUAGCAAUUUUGGGGGAUGUUUUUGUCAAGAGUUUGUUUGUGGUUUUGGGCCUGGAGGAUGGGAAGAUUGGGUUUGCGAGGAAGAAGUUGGACUUAAAGUGA